UGACAUUCUAAAUGCAAAGCUAGACUGAGUAAGGGAAGCAACAGGAAAUGGAGCUGGGGAGACAAAAACCUGCAUUAACAACAAAAUAAUUUCAAUAGUUAAAGACAUGAGUCAAACAUCUCUGAAACAGAAAAAGAAGAAUGAGACUGGGAUGAGGAACUCAAAAGAGAGCGUAGAAGCAGAAAAAAGAAGGGACUCUGAAAAAUCAGGAGUUCGUCUGAGCACUCAGAUGAGGCGUGCAGGCAAUCCGAAUCACUCGCUGAGAUGUUGCCCCAUGCGGGGUCACUCGUCGCGUAGCGGCUCGCGUUGGGUAUGUGUAAGCCGCUGCCUUUGUGCAGCUGAGGGAACAGUCCUUCCUAGCCCCUGCCGCACAAUACGCAUUUAUAUUCACAUGUGCCUGUUGUGGGCACAGGGCCAGCAGAUCACCAUGAUCAGGGGAUCUCAAGAAUUAUCACUGCCAAAGACAGACUCUCGAGGGUACAUUGUGAGAAAUCAAUGGUCUCGAACAUCUCGAAGCCCAUCCACCAGGGCUCCGUCAGCAGAUGAGCCAAGAAGCAGGAACACCAGUCUUAAGCUCCCCAGCAGCUCCACCACCUCCCGGACUUCAUCAGUCUCCCCUAGCCAGCGCGAAUCUUCGCCACCCCAGCAGCUGUCCUCGCAGCCCUCUCCGCCCCGGCAGUCCACACCGAGCCGGCCAGUCUCUCCAAUGGACUCGCGCCCUCCCACACCACCAGAGCCAGAGCCUCCCCGGCGCAACACCAAGAUGUACGACAAUCCCGAGUCCUGGGCUCACGGCAUCGUGCGGGAAGUCCGGGAGUCCCGCGACUCACAGCAGCGGGACUAUACACGCAGCUGCGACUCGCGGGACUCGCGGGAUUCGCGGGACUCGCACUCGCGGGAACGUACACGCACACCUCCCUCCGAAUGGAAGCCCUACGCCCAGCGCAGGAUGCUCUACCCUACCUCGAUCCAGCUGGACCGCGACUGUUUCGAACAGCAGCAGCACGAGGAAGAUGAAGAGGAUGAGGCCUACUGGGCAUCAGUGAAGAUGUUGUACGAGAAGACCCCGAGCUGCUCGCGCCCCCGGCCUCCCAAACCUAAGCACGCCAUCACGAUCGCUGUCUCUUCCCGGGCACUCUUCAACAUGGUGGACGGCAGGAAAAUCUACGAAGAAGAGGGUCUGGAAAAGUACAUGGAGUAUCAGCUCACCAAUGAGAAUGUCGUCCUGACCCCAGGGCCCGCAUUCCGUUUUGUCAAGGCACUGCAGCAUGUCAAUGCUAGACUCCGUGAUCUGUAUCCUGAUGAACAGGACUUAUUUGAUAUUGUUCUGAUGACUAAUAACCAUGCCCAAGUGGGAGUGCGGCUUAUAAACAGCGUCAAUCACUAUGGCUUACUAAUUGACCGCUUCUGUCUAACUGGUGGGAAAAGCCCCAUUGGCUAUUUGAAGGCAUAUCUUACCAACUUGUAUCUGUCUGCGGAUUCUGAAAAAGUACAAGAAGCAAUACAAGAAGGUAUCGCCUCAGCGACAAUGUUUGAUGGAGCCAAGGACAUGGCUUACUGUGACACACAGCUUCGUGUGGCCUUUGAUGGGGAUGCUGUCCUCUUCUCUGAUGAAUCUGAACAUAUUGCCAAGGAGCAUGGGCUGGACAAAUUCUUUCAGCAUGAAACAUUAUUUGAGAAUAAACCUCUUGCUCAGGGUCCCUUGAAAGGCUUUCUGGAAGAUUUAGGCAGACUGCAAAAGAAGUUUUAUGCCAAAGAUGAACGGUUACUUUGUCCUAUCAGGACCUACCUGGUUACAGCCAGGAGUGCAGCUAGUUCAGGAGCCCGAGUGCUGAAGACCCUUCGUCGCUGGGGUCUAGAAAUAGAUGAAGCACUUUUCCUUGCUGGAGCUCCCAAAGGUCCUAUCUUGGUGAAGAUCCGACCCCACAUUUUCUUUGAUGACCACAUGUUCCACAUUGAAGGGGCACAGAAAUUCGGAACCAUCACAGCACAUGUACCUUAUGGCAUUAAUCAAAAAAUCAACCCUUAGGGAUGGGGAGAAGAAAUAAAGCAGUGAGUCUGGUAUUACAAAAGCCA